CUUAUCCUUCUCGAUAAUUCCCCCAACAAUUUGCCAUUUUGCUCCAUCCUCUCCAAAUUGACCUGGUCAACCUCAACCGGAUUUCGAUGGUACCAGGUCUGGCUAGACGCGGGAACACAAAUUUUCUUCUCCUACUCCCUUAGCCUUGGAACCUUGACUGCUCUCGGCAGCUAUAACAAAUUCCAUCACAACUCAUUCAGAGAUUGCGUGCUGUUCGCGGUGAUCAACUCGUUCACAAGCCUUCUGGGGGGCACUGUGGUCUUCGCCACUAUUGGUUACAUGGCCAGGUUGACAGGCACACCGAUUGACCACGUAGCCGAUUCGGGGCCCGGAUUGGCCUUCGUUGUCUAUCCAAAGUCACUAAGUACCAUGCCACUCAGCCCACUCUGGUCCGGUCUCUUCUUUCUCAUGCUGUUAACGCUCGGUUUAGAUAGCCAGGUACGGUGGUGUGAAGGCAUAGACGCAAGAUUUCUAAGAGAAAUUAUACAAUUCAAGAGAAAGAAAUAUAAAAUAAAAAUAAAUGCAACAAUGAGAGAGAAUAAAAUAAAAAUUGCAGAUGCACAAGUUAACCAGGAUUUUGGAAAUAAAGAGAAAAAAAAGAAAAAAAUCAAGAAAGAUUGGGAAAUAAAGAUUAAAAAAUCUUAUUUAAAUUAA